UAGACUUGUUGUUUCUCUGUGUCAUAUAAUAUAUGUGAGCAUAUGCAUAAUUAUGUAUUUUAGUUUCUCAUGUUUUAGUAUUGUAUAUUGGAGAUGGUGCCCUUUCAGAGCUGCAACGAAAUUUUAUUUUAGUGUAUGCCGAUUAUUGUACAUUCAAAGUGAUAAUAAAUUAUUCUAUCUUAUCCCAUCGUAACUUAACCUAAUCUAAUCUAGCCAAACCUUUAAAAAAAACUAGCCUACCCUGGGGGAGGGGGGGGCGGAGGAAUAGAAAAUCCUCCAAACAUAAAACAUUUAUAUAACAUAUUCCAUGCCUUGAUGAAAACUGGGACUACAUUUUGCACCACGCCUGAUGGACACACAGACACAGAAAUACUCACAAGAUCCAUCUCAAUACAACUGCAAUACAUUAUCAGCUUCUCAUUAAUGAGAAUGAAUGUUGUUCUGUGCUUAAAUCCAUGACCUUCUCAUUCUUUGAAUUUAUUUUCUGUUCCAUCUCAGAUGCAGAAACUAGAAUCAUCACAACAACCUUCCUAAAAACAAAAAGUUAACUCUUGGGAGAAGAUCCUAUGAAUUGAAUGGUGUUUGGAGAUCUACAAGAUUCCUAAGAACGAUCUGGAAUUUUCCAACCGGACAGAGAAAGGAUGCAGAAACAACCGUUACCACAUGAGGGUACUGGAAAAAGCACCUCGGAUGUCAAGUCAGGCAGCUGUGGGAAGAUCUGGGCAAGAACUGGACAGAAGAUCCUGGGGAAUAAAACCGUCAUCCGUUCAGAGAUUCAGCCCUGCAACUUCAGAAACAUCCAAUACCAGGAGGCUGAAGGUCCCCGAGGACUUUGCAGCCAACUCCACAACUUUUAUAGUCAAUGGCUGAGUUUAGAAAAGCACACUAAAACUGAAAUGUUGGAUCUGGUUGUUUUGGAGCAGCUCCUGGCCCUUCUGCCCCUGCCGAUGAAGACCUGGGUGCGAGAGUGUGGAGCAGAGACCAGCUGCCAAGCAGUGGCCCUGGCAGAAGGCUUCCUCCUGAGUCAGGCAGAGGAGCUGAAGGAGCAAGUCGAAUUGCAGUCUUUCCCUCUAAAGACCAGAGAACCUAUGAGAAAGAGGAUUCCAUCCAAUCCCUCUUGGGAGCUGUGUUCCAUGAGGAUCUAUCAUGAAUCCUCAAGUCAGGACAUCUCAAAUGGGAAGAAUAGAAUGAAUUUGACUCCUUUUUAUGGUGUUGCUGAGAGAGUGGUUGAUGCUCCAACUGAAGAAGGUCUUGUGUCCUUUAAGGAGGUGGCUGUGUAUUUCUCCGAAGAGGAGUGGUCUCAGCUCGAUGAUAAUCAAAAAGCACUAUAUCGGGAAGUCAUGCUGGAAAAUCAUAGGAUUGUGGCCUCUUUGGGUAAUAAUGGGGAGGAAGAUGAAGAUUCCAGAGAACUAUUCAAAAUGAUCAGUCGUAGAUACAGUUUGAACAACCCUACAAUUUUAAUGGAAGUAGGAAGCCAUGAGAGAAACGAGUCAAAUAAUUGCAAUCAGGAAAGUUCAUCUUCUGUCCUUGAAGCAAUGAAAGCCUCUGUGGCCCAGCAAGAAAAAAUAAAAACGAAAUAUAAUGAAAAAUGUACAAAACUAUUGAUAAACAAAUUGGAUACAGAUAAGCACGAUGGAAUCCAAAUCAAAGAAGAUUAUAUAUGUAGAGAUAAUGGAAAAAGCUAUAAAUGGACCCUGUCUGUUCCCCAUAAUAAUGAGUCCCGUAUAUCUCCAGAAAGGAUCCAUGCAGGAGAGAAGACAUAUGAAUCCAUGGAAUGUAGAAAGCAUUUUAUUAAGGACAAUCAACCCAUUUACCAUAAAAGGAUCCCCAAAGCGGAGAAAAGAUAUAAAUGCAUGGAGUGUGGAAAGAGCUUCACUUUUAAGAGUUCUCUUUCUUUGCAUUUCCGGAUCCAUACGAGAGAGAAGCCCUAUACAUGCAUGGAGUGUGGAAAGAGCUUCUCUCAAAGUAAUUCUCUUACUUCCCAUUCCCGGAUCCACACAGGAGAGAAUGGUCUUAUUGGCCAUAAAAAGAGCCACACAGGGCAAAAGUAUAAAUGUAUGGAAUGUGGAAAGUGUUUUGCUACAAAGAUGUAUCUUAAGACCCAUGAAACGAUCCACAAAGGGGAGACGCCUUAUAAAUGUAUGGAAUGUGGAAAGAGUUUUUCUACAAAGACGUAUCUGAACACCCAUGCAAGGAUUCACACAGGGGAGAAGCCUUAUAAAUGUAUGUUGUGUGGAAAAGGUUUUAUUAUGAACAGUUAUCUUAACUACCAUAAAAGGAUCCACACAAUGUAG